AUGUUCUCGAGGAUUUUUUGUUCGGCGAGCACCAGCAAAGGCGCUAGUUUUGGGAUUUUGAGGACUUUGGCGACGAAUGAAAGGUUUUUUUUUCUGAAAAAAGUCGUUUAUUUUGAAAUUCAGCUCUACCGAAGUGCAAAAAGUGACGACGACGGGAUAUUCUUUUCGUGACAAGAAUGGCAAGACUCGUGCCAAAUACGGCGUCUUCUGGGGCAAAGGAGACGCGAGGAAUUCGCUGCGGACGUUGGCGCCAGGCGCGACGAAUGUCGCAGCGAUGCUUGAGGCUCUCAUCGAUGUCGCGCACACGGUUCGUCUAGUGGAGAUACGUCAAAACCGUUUAUCUCGAGUUCUAGUGGAGAUACGGCGUCGACGUUGUAAUAUUUUUUGUUCGUUAUGAUUUCCUGCAUCGAAUGAUCUCUGAUUCGUUGAUUUAUGUCUAUUAGAAAAAAAGUUAUGCGUCUUUGAAUGACUCUGUUUUCUCGAAAUUUUCGAUUUUUGUCUGGAAUCUGCUACCUUCAAAUCGCGUUUAUCUAGAGUUCUAGUAGAGAUCAGGGUUGCACGGAAUUCCGUUGCCCGUCUUCCGCAUAAAUUUCUCUUCCUUAACCCGUGUUCCGUCUUCCUUAAAUUAAAGUUUUGUUCCUUAACCCGUGUUCCGUCUUCCUUAAAAACUUUUUGCUCUUCAACUCUUAUUUUAAACAUUUUUUGAUAGAAAAAUGCGCGUUUUCGGUGUCGUGUGUGCACCUGUUGAUAUGGUGAAGGAGCUAUUUUUGUCUACAUAUUAUCCGUAGAAGGACAAUUAUUUUCUCGAUUCCAAUAUCAAAGUAUCCCAGCUUCAAUUGACGUUCUACGAGUCAGAGAGACUCUUUCUCGGGGCUGAUAUCCUGGCCCUUGCGAAAGAGGCUUGAAGCUCCUCGAUAGUUGAGCUCCACCAAAAUUUACUCAGAGGUUACGAAAGUUUGUUAUGAUUUCAAUUGGCUGCGAAAGUCAAAUCUCACUGGUUAUUUUUUUUUAAAGAAAUUUUCACGUUACUAUUUUAAAAAAUCUUCUUUGGGGAAAUUGUUCUGAUAGUUUUGGUUCAACUCUCUAGGGUAUUUCCCUAAUAAAUAAAUUUUUUAAAAACACUUUCUGCAAACCGCGUACCCCUCCAAAAAAAUUUCUCUAUUCCUUAACCCGUGUUCCGUCUUCCGCAAAAAUUUUUUUUGUUUCGUAACCCGUCUUCCUUCUUCCUUUUUCGAAAAUUUCACUUCCGUGCAACCCUGGUAGAGAUACGGUGUCGACGUGGCACGGAAUGGGCUAUAGAGCUUUUGAAACUUCUUCAGAUUCGGCAGCACCUAGGUUGAAGCUUUCCGUUGAAGCUCUUGAGAUGAAGCCUCUGACACUCCUUUAGUUUUACUUGUUCAGCUCGUUUUUAUUUGGCAGCGCCCAAAAUCAAGCUUUCCCAAUUUCGGCAGAGCCUUAAAUGGAAACUUUCCCCAUUACUGUUGUGCCCGCAGGUGGCCAGUGAAGACGUUGUAGUAGAAGAUUCAUUAGUAACAAGAAACUAGACUAUACUAGACUAUUUAAAUCCCGAAGAUUAUGGAAUGUUCCAGAAUAAAGGUGGAGUUUAGAUAGUAUUGAGAUUAGAGUAAAAGAUGGAACAUUCCAGAAUUUUAAAGGUCUGUCCCGAAAGCAUUAGAACAUUCGAGAACAAUGUGGAACCUGCUAGAAAGGUAAACAAAUGAGAAGAUUGUGGAACUUUCUACAAGGGAAACCUUUACACAUGAUCCCUAUGACGUAACGAGACUAGACAUGUAUGGAAUAUUAUAGAACGUUCUAGAAUCAGCUUAAUAUAAGCGUUAUGCUCCAACAGUUCUCUUGAAGCUCUUAAGAUGAAGCCUAGCAUAAAUUUGUUUCCUCAAUCUUUCCUUUUUGGCAGCGCCCGAAAUCAAACUUUCCCAAUUUCGACAGCGCCUCAAAUUGAAGCUUAUCUCAUUUUGUUUCAGAUUUAUAGGCUCCUCAGCCUUUUUCUAGGCUAUUUUUGAAAUUGAUACCAGAAAAGAUGUAUCACUUGAAAACUAUUCCAGGCUCGAGAAGAAGACGUCCCGCCACCACUUGUUGUUUAUACCGACUUGGAUCUCAAAGUAUAUAUUUUCGAGAGUUUUUUGAGUAUUUUCAAUAAUUCAGGGUCCAAUAAUCCCAACUUUAUCGAAAUGGGCUCGACGCGACUUUUACCGUAGCGAGAGCGUUCAGAAGAUGGCGAAUGCUGAAUUGCUGGAAGAGCUUCACAAAGCUGUACAGGGUCUCGAUGUGAGUAGAGAAAAUACAUUGAAAAUACUCAUUUUUAGAAACUUGUAAGAAAGGUACUUUUUUCAAAGGUAAACGAGAGUUUAAAGGACAUCGGAGUGUAUAAAAAAAUAACAAGGCUGCUAGAAAAAUUGGGAGGAAACAGCUUUCUGAUUUUUUUUCUUUAUAGCUUUAAACUUUUUUUUGGAAGCUUUGAAAAUUGAAAAAAAGCCGUCGGGUUUGAUUUAUCAUUGUUAAAUUUUUGGACUUAAUUUUUUUAUGAUUUGACAUGCCGCUUAUUCCUAUCUUGGCGCUAAAAACCAACGUUUUGUCAUUUUUUUCUGGGACCUCGUAUUCUAGAAAUGCUUUAGACGUUUAUUCUUUUUUUAUUUUUUUCUAAUCUCAAUUUGAAUUUAAAUAAUUUUGAAUUUUUUUCGAGGAGGAGUGUGAAGAAACUAAUGUUAAUUAUGAAGUCUUGACUAAAAACCUCAAAAACCGAAAAAAUCGCUGAUUUCAAGCAAGAAUCGAUUUUUCGUUCAGUAUGAAAAAAAUUAUUUCAAGAAAAAGUGUUCAUUCAGGCAUCAUUUUUUUCGUUUAAAAAAAGUUUCAUUCGAGUUGAACCACGGAGAAAAAAAGUUAGAUUUUUUUUCGUAUUUCGGCUACAGUAAUCCUCGAAAGGGGCGGAGCCUUACAGAACCUUGGAGAAACUCCAUCAUUUUGCUUGAUAGAAACGAAUAUAAACAAUUCUGUAGUUUUUUCUCCAAAAAUAGUUUUGAUGACGUCACAUUUCCAUAAUUAAGAUAAAAAUCGAGCAUCGGCCUUCUCGUGCUCCCGGUCAGCCGAAUCCAGUGACGUCAGCGAUUUUAGCGGGUGAAAAGUUCCGAGGGAAGUUCGACAAGUAUGUAGACGCAAACACGGCGGCGGGGACAGGUUUUCCUGUAAUAUUAUGAGCUAACCUGAGCAACAAUUAUUUACAGAAGUUCCUGAAGGUGAAGAACGAGAUGCUGGCGGCCGAAUAUCGCAUUCUGGGAGGAACUGGCCGAGAUUCUAUACCAGCGCUGUUUGUACUAUUAACCAGAAAGGUUUGAAAGCUAGGGGCGGAGCCUAAAAAUGAUAAGGGUCUUGCAACGAUCUUGAUUUUUCGCUGCGCCUUUAAAAAAUUGUGACAAAAAUUUCGAAUCCAACUAUUUUCUCAGGUUUUACCACUGCUGGAUACGCAACUUUUUUCAUCGAUGGCGAAAAAAAGUCGCGCGUUUCACCGUAUCGAUUGAUACCGUAUCCCAUCACGUUGUUCAGGUGAUUUUCCCAAUUUUCUGCCAAAUUAAAAUAACUCCAGAGCAAACCUAGCCGCCAUUGAAGACGCCUUGAAGGAGGUUUGAAAAAUCUCCUUUUAUUAAAAUAAGGAACUUUUAGGCUCUGGAAAAGAAGCUGGACAAGGUCGUGAUCGUUACGAGUAGCCCACAUUUUUUGAAAAUUUGGAAGAAAGGGUUAGUUUUCUAAAAAAAAAAAAGGCAUUAGUUCGGCCGAGAGCAGUCAUUUUGAAAGUUUUCUUCUAAAAAAAUAUUUCAGAUGGCUCUCAAAAUCGGGCGAGCCUGUGGCCAACAAGGAAUUCUACCUUCGCAUCAAAGAUUUGGUUGCCCAGUUUGAAAAGGUGUUUGAAUCAAAUUAAGAAAAGUUGUAACAAAAAUAAGCUUCCUUAAAGUACAAAAUAUCUUUAGGUUAAUUUCCGAUACGAGGCGCCGAAACCAACCGAACCAAUGUGGAAAGAACUGGCUGAAAAAGCGAGUGAAGGUCUCCAUUUGCCGCUGAUCGGCAAAGAUCGAUCCGAGUACGAGCUGACGAUUGACGAAAUGACGACGGAUAAGGCUGAUGAAAGGUUGGAAGCUCAAAAUCAUACGUCGGCUGGAUCCCACCCCGGGGUACCCCCCCAAAAAGUGCGGCCUACCCCCUUCAAUUGCGGCCUACCCUCCGAAAAGUGCGGCCUACCCCCUCAAACUGCUGCCAACCCCCAAAAAAAGUGCGGCCUACCCCCUUCAAUUGCGGCCUACCCUCCGAAAAAGUGCGGCCUAUCCCCCCUUCAAACUGCGGCCAACCCCCGAAAAGUGCGGCCUACCCCCUCAAACUGCUGCCAACCCCCAAAUAGAGCGGCCUAUCCCCCCCCUUCAAACUGCGGCCUACCCCCCAAAAAUGUGCAGCCUACCCCCCCGAAAAGUGCGGCCUACCCCCUCAAACUGCUGCCAACCCCCGAAAAGUGCGGCCUACCCCCUCAAACUGCUGCCAACCCCCAAAUAGAGCGGCCUAUCCCCCCCCUCCCCCAAAAAAAUUGCGGCCUACCCCCGAAAAUUGCCUACUUUAGUAAAGUUUCAAAUAAAUUUUUUUGCGCGCAAAAAACUGGGGUGGGAUCCAGCCGACGUAUGUCAGAAACGUGAAAAUAAAAAAGUUUCGGAACAGUAGAGGUGUUGGAAGAUAGGAAAAUUUUCAGGGAACUUAUUUGAAAUUUGGCAGCGCCUAAGUUUUUUCCUGUGCUUUUCCAUUUCUAAGAAAAGUUUAGGGGAAAAAUCUGUGAAAAAUCUGGCACCUAACUCAACCCGUAUCGGGGCCUCGAAAAUUUGGUUUAGGAACUCUAUAGGGGUUAAAGGGUCUCCUACAGGUGGGUAGGAUCAAAUUUUCACUGGGAUAGGAUCAAAUUUUCACUGGCUUCUAUUUUACCUCUAUCGGGGCCCCGAAUGGCCAAGUCCCUAUCGGGGCCUCCUAAACUUUUCUUAGUUCAGGAACGCCCAAAAAUGAUCCUUUCAAUAAAUUUGGCUGUUCCCAGAGUUAAAGCUUAUUUUUUUUUUCAAAUUUGGUACCGCCUAAGUUUUAUUCAAAUUGAAAAAGCUUCGAAGUUGGAGCUACAGUACCUUGCAAUAAGAUAUACAAUUUCACUUUUUUCGUCAUAACUUUUGCAGGAGUUGUCCAAUUUCUGUCAAAUUUUCUACAGUUGUUACUUGCAUAUCCAGUAUGUUAACACAGAAAAAUCAGCUGGGUAGCUAAUUUCUGUAGUAAGUUAUAGCUUGAAACCUGGAAUCAACGAAAUCUCCAGAACAACAUAGGAAACAGUUAUUAAACACUUUUUUAUAUUUCACUGAAGCUUUGGGCUCAUUGUACCAUUGAUUGCUUCACUGUAAAACUGUUACCCAGAUCAAAAAAAGCUUCAAGUCCAGACGCCCUUGAUUUUUUGUGUUUUAAUGACUCAAUAAUUUUUUUCAGCAUACCCCUCGUCUGGUUGUUCAAAUCGGGAACCAACCUAAACCCAGGCCUUGUUUGGAAUUCCACCGGCAAAGUUUCGUCGACAACUGGAAUGCCACAAGCGCUCAUUGAAAUUCUGGAGCAGGUGGAGGGAAGAGAGUGACGUUUUUAAGUGGGAAUUCCUCAGGCAAAAGACUCGAAAAUGCGCUCGAUUCGAAUCAGAACAGACUCGGAGAAGUCGGUGAGGACGGUGGAGGCCAAUCUGAAAGUCUGGCGCCGGAAUGGAUGGCGAAACUCCCUUCAUAAGCCGAUUGCUCGACAAGAACUCUGGAAACGGGCCGCGGACCUGCUUGAUGAGAUCAAAGUUGGUGAUAACGGGUUCGCGGGAGGAUCAAGCUUUUUUUCAUAUAAAGUCGAUAAUUAAAAAUAAUCCUAAAUAUCAACCCGGCGAUUUUUUUUUUCUUUUUGAUUUGUGGGGUACAGUACUGGCUAUAAAGCGAUUUCAAAGUGGUUAUUCGAGCAUAAUUUCUCUGAAAGUGGCUCAAAUGACUUGAAACUCCGCACAGAUUUCAAAUAACUAUGCAGUAACUUUUUUCCCAAGAGAAGAACUAAUUUGCUCGAGACAAACCGGAUUUGAGAGCAAAAAACCAAAAAUCGUGAAAAUGAAAAUUUUUCUCUUGAGAUUCGAAAAAUCAUAUCUUCGAAGAAACUUCUAUUUUCAAUCAGAAACUUUUUUGCCCGGUAAAAAAGUCUUCGGCUUUCCAAAAAACCUGAUCAGCCCCUUACCAACCCGAUAGUAAGAGCGUAGUGACUUUUUCGUCGGAAGGCCUUUUCGUUUAGACUCCUCGUCAUUUAAAUGAAUUAUUCGAGGUCAUUUAUACUUGAGAACACCCUGUUUUAUGUUGAAAAACUUUAAAAUACCCUCAAGAAUAGUUUUACACUGUUUUCUUCAGCUUUGUCACUAUAUCCUCUCUCCAGAACUCGCUUACUUCACUAGGUCUGAUUUUGAAACCUCUGAUUCGAAGUGGUUAUGCUCGAAAUCGAGAAUUUUCUGAUUUUGAAAAACGAGCAUAAUCACUUCGAAUCAGAGGUUUCAAAAUCAGACCUAGUGAAGUAAGGAGUAUCAUUUUUCAAUCUGCUAGAUACUGUGAAAAAUAUGAAAAAUGGACCUCGAAAUUGCAAAAGGCGGAAGAUUCGAAUAUUUUGGCUCCUCAGUUCCAAUUUUUCGCUCUCUAGGAAGAGGACAGCUUUGAAAAAUCUCACUUCUUUUCAAAUUUUAAAAAAGGUUCUACUACUGUAUCUUCUUGAGUCUAGAGAAAUUUUUUCAAGCAGAAAAAGUUUUUGAAUAAAGCAGUCGGUGUUUGAAAUUCUUUUCCAAAAACCAUCCGCACUUUCCAGGUUUCCUGGGAGCUCAUGAAGGAGCCCCAAGAAGAGGACAUCAAGCGGAAUGAGCUUCUGAUGCCGUUGGCAAAGCAGAAAAAGUCGGAAUCCAGAAAACAGAAGAUCUCGCGCGACUUGAGGCCUUCUGGAGAAAUUACGAAGAGCAACUGA